AUGCCACCUGCCAGUGGCCUGGGACCGAAAGACAUAACAGCAGGAGGAAGGAAAGGAGCUGCAAUCUACGCGUUACGAGACAGAUAUCGCCGCCUAUUUGUAUUUGGUGUGAGUUGGUUGACGACCGAUAGACCGCAGAAGGACAUUAGACCGAGCAGAAAAACUCGUCGCAUGAACGAACCGAGUAGAAAACGAAUCGAACGACCACAAUUUCAUGUCAGGGACAGUUCUUUCGAUGGAACUUUUAGUGGCUCGGGAAUUGCAGAGGUCGACUGGGUGAAAGCAGAACGGGGACCGGAACAAAACGAGGAUUCAGUGGACGUGGAGGUAGAGUUUUGCCUAACUCCAGUCGCCAAACCUGUGGUGCCGGUGGUGGCGAUGGCGAUGGCGGUGGUGGUUCGAUUGGCUAAAUUAGCAUAA